AUGUGUGAUUUGGUUGCGCGUACGGGUCGGCUCCAGCAGCGGUACGAGGGUGGCUCCCGUCUCGUAGCCGGGUGUAUUCCGUUUAGGUAUAUAAACUCUAAUGAAGAUGGUCAUUCUGAAACUGGGAAAGUGGUUCAAGUGUUGAUGAUCAGCUCAUCUAGUGGACCUGGACUUUUGUUUCCCAAGGGAGGUUGGGAGAAUGAUGAGACAGUCAGGGAAGCUGCAGUGAGGGAAGCAGUGGAAGAAGCAGGAGUCCGUGGGAUUCUAAUGGAUUUCUUGGGAGAUUAUGAGUUCAAGAGCAAGACUCACCAAGACGAGUUUAGCCCAGAAGGUUUAUGUAAAGCGGCGAUGUACGCAUUGUAUGUGAAGGAAGAGCUAAAGACGUGGCCUGAACAGGACACGAGAACAAGGACAUGGCUGACGAUUGAAGAAGCUGUAGAGAGUUGCAGGCACGCUUGGAUGAAGGAGGCGUUGGUGCAAGGAUUCUGUAAAUGGCAUAAGGAGAAGAUUGGGAAAGGGGAUGUGGUAAUAGCAGAUGAAGAUUGA